AUGAAUGUGAAAGAUAUUAAGCAACGGUAUAGUUGGCAAGCCGUUAAAAAGCUAGAUGACAAAGAAAAUUUAGAGGCAGAAGUCAAUAUAGUUAAAGGAUCGACAAUGGAAGAAGACAUGGGUAAAGGUUUACAGAUGAAAGGACAAGAUGAAAUCAUAGGGAAGGACAGGAAGUUUAAAAAGCCGCAGUACAGGGACACGAAAAAAGAUAGUGCACGAUCCUUUUCGGAGGAUGAAACAAUUUGA